UACCGACAUUGUAUCGAUAAAAAAGUAAUCUAAUCAUCGAUUUGACAUUUUCACCCAAUUUUCACAUUUUGACAGUGACAUUUCGUAAAUGACGUGUAAUUCGCGUGUAGUUCAACAUUAAAACAAUGUUAGAUUUAUUUUCAAUAUUUAGUAAAGGAGGCAUCGUACUAUGGUGUUUCCAAAGUACGAGUCAAAUAUUUACGCCUUCCGUAAAUGCACUUAUCACUAAUGUCAUAUUGCAGGAACGCACUGGAAAUAAUUCAUUUGAUCAUAAUGGUUUAAGCCUAAAUUAUAAAUUAGAUAAUGAAUUCGACCUGGUUUUUGUGGUUGUUUACCAAAAGAUACUACAGCUAUCCUAUGUUGAUAAAUUCCUCAAUGAUAUCCACCUGGAAUUUAGGGAUAAAUAUAAGAAUGACCUUUCGGAUGGAAAAUAUUUUCGAGAAUUUAACUUUAGAAACAGUUUUAAUUCUAUUUUACAUGCUGCCGAAGAAUGGGGUAAAACCCAGCUAAAACUUCCUAAACAGAUGAGAACUUUCGAUGAAUCUGUUAAAUCUAAGAAGACUGUUGCUUCUAUGAUUGAAAAAAAGGGUGGUGAUAAACCUAAGGAGGUUAAAAAAAGAGAAGUUGCUUUUAUGGAAGAAUCUCCAAAAAUAACACCUCCAUCUCCUAAAGCUGAGGAUGGUAUGGAUGAGGCUACAUUAGCUGCUAAUAGAGCCAAAUUUGCACAAAAAAUAUCUAAAAAGAAACCAGAAACUAAGAAAAGCCCCAAAGUUGUGAGUGAAAAAGAAAAAGCUGGUAAAAAGCCGAGAGUUUGGGAUUUAGGUGGUACAAAUAAAGAUUUAGAAAAUUUAGAAAGAACAAUUAUUAAACCAGGAAAUGAAAAUGACACUAAUUUCACACCAAACACAGAAUUAGUUGGUAAAAUGCAAGGUGUUAUUAAAGAUUUAGAAGUUGAAGAAUCAACUGAUGAUGAAGAUUAUGAAGAAAACGAACAAGAAGAAAUCAAACAAACAAAAUCAUCCUCCAAAGGAGGAAUGUUUUCAUUAUUCAAGGGCUUAGUUGGAACAAAAAAUCUUUCCCACACCGAUAUGCAACCAGUUUUAGAAAAAUUAAAAGAUCAUUUAAUCAGUAAAAACGUCGCCGCGGAUAUCGCAAUAAAACUAUGCGAAUCCGUUGCGACAAAACUCGAAGGAAAAGUCUUGGGGACCUUUGAAACAGUUGCAAAUACAGUAAAAUCAACCUUAACUGAUUCUUUGGUACAAAUUCUUAGCCCAAAACGGCGCGUUGAUAUUUUAAGAGAUUGCAUUGAGGCUCAAAAGAAUUCAAGACCUUAUGUUAUGACGUUUUGUGGGGUUAACGGGGUGGGAAAAUCAACAAAUUUGGCUAAAAUAUGUUUUUGGUUGAUUGAAAAUAAUAUGCGCGUUUUAAUCGCGGCUUGUGACACUUUUCGAGCUGGGGCUGUCGAACAAUUACGCACGCAUAUGAAACAUUUAAACGCGUUGCAUCCGCCAGAAAAGCACGGUGGAAAACAAAUGGUGCAAUUAUAUGAAAAGGGUUAUGGAAAAGAUGCGGCCGGAAUCGCUAUGGAAGCUAUACGAUUUGCGAAAGAUAUGGGAAUUGAUAUUGUUUUAGUUGAUACAGCAGGAAGAAUGCAGGAUAACGAGCCUUUAAUGAGAGCCUUAUCUAAAUUAAUCAAAGUAAAUGAGCCUGAUUUGGUGCUUUUCGUUGGUGAAGCUUUAGUAGGAAAUGAAGCAGUUGAUCAACUUGUUAAAUUUAAUCAAGCUUUAGCUGAUUACUCUUCCAGUUCUAAUCCACAUCAAAUUGAUGGAAUUGUUUUAACAAAAUUUGAUACAAUUGAUGAUAAGGUUGGUGCAGCUAUCUCAAUGACUUACAUAACUGGACAACCCAUCGUUUUUGUUGGAACAGGUCAAACAUACACUGAUUUAAAAGCCUUAAACGCAAAAGCAGUUGUACACGCACUCAUGAAAUAAAAAAAUCAAAUAAAUCAUUUCCCAUUUUUAAAUUAUUAAUGAUUAAAUUAAUGGAAGUAAUUGUGAAUUUAGUGCAAAAGGUUUUUUUUUAAGGUGAAAGGAUUACAACAAAAAGUGAUUAAAUAAAUCCUUAUUUGUAAACAA